AUGUCCACCAACGGCACGCGGCUCAACGGCAAGCGGCUGCCCAGACCGCCCUUCAAGCACCCCAUGGAUGCUCGCGUGCGCAUCUUCCACGGGGACGAGCUGGUGUUAGCCAUCACCCCGGACGGUGAAGAGCUUGGCUUUGCGGAUGCCUCAGCUUGGUCGCGAGUUCCUUCGAAGCCGUGUGUCUCCAAAGCCGAAGGAGACCCAAAGCCCAACGAAGGGGCCCCUUGUUUCUUGAUGACCCAUAAACCAGUGGCAAGGCACAAAAAGGGGCGUUAG